AUGAAAACCAUCGACGACUCCGACGAAGACCCCUCUUCCUUCUGGGGCAAAAUGGAAUACGCCCGCGUCAAACCUUUUGCCGCCCAAUUCUAUUCUCCCGAUUAUAUCGAGAAGUACCCCUUUGAUUCCUUCGACCCUUCUUAUGCCAACAAGCUCGAUCUCUCUUUUGCUGCGCUGCCGCCCGCCGAACAAUUCCUGCGUUUACCCAAGGGCAUCGUCGAAAACACGGAUGGGUACCUCUCUGAGGGCGACCUGGAGAAAAUGCUCACU